UCGCUUAACUAUUAAAUACCAAGACACCCAGAUUGCUUAAAUCCGAAAACUCUCUCUUUUGUCUCUCACACUCAAUUUCACAAACACCUUGUCUGCAUACUCUCCACGAACCCUCUCUUUUUAUUCUCGUUAGCGAUUUUACAAAAGCUUUCUGCAUUCUGUGUUUGAGUUGGAUUAGAUAAUGGAGCUUCAAUUGGGUCUUGCUCUUCCGGGAAAUCCAGUUAACGUGGUUCAAUUGGGUCCAGCUUUCUCUACUGAUUUUAGUGUGAGCGAUUCUAGCUACAGGAAAAAGCGCAGUUUUGAUGAUGCUUUUCAUGAGGAAAUGCCUCGAACGCUCCAGCUUCUGGUCUGGAAUGACAGCCCGAAUAAGGAUGAUGAUGAUCGCAAAUACACCGAUGAGACCCCUUGUGUAACCAACAACAAUGAUGAUGGAAAUGGAGGAAGCUUGGUGGGGUGGCCUCCAAUCAAGUGUUGUUGGAAGAAGAAGAAGCUUUUCCGCGACAAUUAUGACAGAGAAAGUGAGGAGAUUAAUUCAAUGACACAGGAGACCAGUGGCAGUUUCAAUGGUAGAUUACAAUCGAACUCAAUGUAUGUGAAGGUGAAGCUGGAAGGAGUGGGCAUAGCAAGAAAAAUUGAUCUAAGCCUUCAUCAUUCUUAUCAAACACUUACAGACACUCUGCUUAGCAUGUUUGAUAUAUGCAAUGAUAAUUAUAGAAACUAUAUGCUUGCUUAUGAGGACAAAGAAGGCGACUGGUUACUUGCUGAUGAACAUGUUCCUUGGAGGGUUUUUGUUGGGUCAGUGGAACGUCUCAAAUUGCUGAGGAGAGAAUAGAAAACCAUAUUGGGUUUAUGUUGCUUUCAUAAUCCAACUUUACAUAACUAUAAUUGAUCAAGAUCUGAUUAAAGUAACUAGUGUAUGAGAUUUGCAUAAGUUUUUCUAUAGAAGAAAAGAAAUGACUUUACCUUUCUUUAUGUUUUAUAAACUGUUUACGAGGAUUUUGAUUGUUGUAUUAAUUUUGUUGCAUAUGAGUUUUUCAUAGUUCAGUAUGGGUUGUGAAUGAUCUUGCAGUGGAUAUAGAGCGUCAAUGAUAUUGUGUUUC